GGUUGCUAGACUGUCGUUACCUGCGGACGCGUUAAACGGUUCAACGUUUGAUUUUUCGAACAACAUCUUUAAAAUGUCUCAUACUAUUUUACUGGUUCAGCCCACCAAGAGGCCAGAAGGAAGGACAUAUGCUGAUUAUGAAUCAGUCAAUGAGUGCAUGGAAGGAGUGUGUAAAAUGUAUGAAGAGCACCUCAAAAGAAUGAAUCCCAACAGUCCUUCAAUCACAUAUGAUAUCAGCCAACUGUUUGACUUCAUAGAUGACCUGGCAGACCUCAGCUGCUUAGUGUACCGUGCUGACACACAGACAUACCAACCCAACAACAAAGACUGGAUCAAAGAGAAAAUUUAUAUUUUGCUACGGCGCCAGGCUCAACAAGCUGGAAAAUAGAACGGCUAUAAAAACUGACCCUUGUGUGUUCUGUUUUAAGUAUUAGGUAUAGAAGUUCAUCCUAAAUCACUUUCAAGAGGAGACAACUACUAAGGACAUGAGGGGUUAUGGGCAGAGAUUUUAAAUGAAGGAUUCUCAAUUCCAGUCCUGAAAUAACCACUAUCUGCUUAUUAAAACCACUAGAUAACUGCUGAGGAGAUCAAUAUGUGUUAAAUCAGGGAAUAUACUAAAGCUAAGUCGAACAUUGCUCCUUAAGUUUAAAGCCAAACCUGAGCUAUAUGCAAAUAAUCCUAAAGAGAUUAAUUAUGUGGAACUGUCUUAUGAAUUUGGAACUACAAUCUAUUAAGGUUUGCACAUUCUUAAUUAUGUGUCACCAACAUUUACAAGACUGGGAUUGAGAACCAGUUGCCCAGACAGGGAAAUGACUAUUAAUAUACUGUUGUGUUUUACUGUAUAAUAGUUAUUCGUUGGAAAUAAUUUCCUCUCCACCUUUGCAUUAGGUUAAUAUUUUAUAAUUAUGAAGCUUAAUGGAUGUUUGGUUUUCUGUAAUAAAUUGGUUUUGUUCAAAUUG